AUGCCGACCUCUCCGUCGCCAAAGCGUGCAAACGAAACGCAGUAUCCGACGGUGUCGACGCAGCCGUCUCACCUAUCGAUUCAUCACCCUGAGCCAACAGAGGACGGAGACAACAACGAUGAAGCUCGAUCAUCCGAAACCUAUUCAGGUCGGCCUGCUACCAGUAGUCUUAAAGGCAGCGAAAACCCCGCCGGAGAUUCUAGAUCCACGGCGCUUCGACCGCCCUCAAGACACAUCGACGCCGACGAGCUCGAAGAAGCUGACAGCGACGCUGCAUCUGAAUUUGACGCUUUCAUGCGCCAAGGCCGCAUCGAUGUAGGCCAGGCCUGGGACGAUAGCAGCGACGAAGACGGAGACGCUCAGGCUGCUCUGCAUCAGGAUCGGACGCUGCCCCUUUCCGCUACCGGCAACAGUGCGCCCGGCCGAAGAACUAGGAAACCGAAACGUGGGCGACCCGAGUCGGUGCUGCAGUCCUUGCGACCGUCUCGCGAGCAUCGCAGAGCAUGGUGGAAGCUCCUGACUAAUCCAAGCACACCGGCGAGUCUUUCGGCACCUCAUGUCUCUGCCAAUCUGUUUUCGGCCAGUUUGCACCCGGCAGUGCUGCUGUCCAUGCCGCAUUACUUUGCACGCACGGGUGUCACUGUGGGCACCAUCGCGCUGGUGGGAGUUGCGGUGCUCGGCGGUGUUGGCGGUGGCCUCUGGGUAGUUCUCAGUCGAUACGUCAACGGCAGCGCCAUCGAAGCCAUCGUGGGUGCCAGUUUUGGUAGAUACACUCCGUGGAAAGGAGGCGCGGGUAGGGUGAUUUCAGGGAUGCUGCUUGCACUCUAUGCGACAGGAAGUGCCAUCAUCGGCUACUUUGCCCUUUCCGACUUGCUGCUUCAAGUGUUCUUCCACUAUGCUCGCCGCGGCGUGCCACUGCACGACAGAGCGUUCGUCACUUUGGUGGUCGGAGGUCUCAUUUCGGUGCCGCUUGUGAUCUUCCCGCUGGCUAAACGCAACCUCAUCCGCCUCAAUACCUUUUUUUCAUUGUCGUUCUACCCCAUCAUCGCGGUCAUCGUUCUCGUCAAGAUCUAUGCCACCUCGCCUCCGCUUGGGUCCUCGGCGGCGGAGCUGGGAAACAUGAAUAAGGACAGCAGGUGGCCGAACGCCAAUCCGCUGUACCCGCCUUCAAUCUGGGCGCCCAUCUCGCUACUGCCUCUCUUGACGCUGAGCGCCUGCCCGCUCCAAAUUCUGGCGCAUCAGCGUAGUCUUCGACGCAUCGGCACGUCGCGAUCCAACGUCACGGCAUUCGUUGGCGCGCAAGUCGGCCAGGUGUUUUUCGUGAUUGCGAUGAGCAUCAUCUUCGGGAUCGUGGCGGGCGUCAACGGCGUGCAGGGCCGAUUGAAGAAGGAUGUUCACCCGAACCUGUUUGCGUCACUUCCGAACGACGACGACUGGAUCAACGUGGCGCGAGUCUUGUUCGUGGCCAUCCUUGCUACGCAUGUGGCCAUUUGCCUGACAGCAGCGCGCUCUUCGUGGGGCCGAUUGCUGCGCUUGCUCAACCUGCAUCCUCUGCGCAGACGACGUCCGGCGAUUCAGCUUCCAGUCGACGAUGCAGACACGAGCGGCGCUGCCACCGGACCGCAGCGACCAUCAGGCGGCAGCGCAGCGCAGGAUGGAUCUCGCCUGGGCCAGUGGAAGCGCAAGUGGGGUAAGCCUGCAAGAAACGCGCUGGCAGGGCUGCUCCUCUGGAGUAUAACUGCCUCGAGUGCCUACCUCUCUGGCGCGGGAGGUUUCCGCAGGAGAGAGAAGGAGGGCGAAGAGGCGAGGUUCACGCGGGCUGCCGAGGUGCUCGGUCUGAUGGGCGCUGCGGUGGGCUUCGUGAUGCCUGGCUUGGUGUGGCUGAUUUUGUUCCAUAUUCGCCGUCCACGAGCGAUCCUUCCGCCGUUUGCAAGCGAGAUCGGAAAGACGGCCUCUGCCUACUUUUCAGGUCCGCUGUCGAUGCUGGCUCGCAACCGUCGUUAUCUGUUUGGAUCUCGCGAGGAUGAACGUGGCGAAAGGCAGCCGUUGCUUGACAAUCGAGAGGAAGAAGCAGAAGAUCGGGCCGAAGCGACUCAGCAGAAGCGCGAUCAAGGAGCAGGAGGAGCAGAAGCGUCGGGGUCACAUCUGCGCCAUUCGAGUCGACACAGCGGGUCUAUACACUUGGGUCGAGAAUCCGCGUCGAUUCCGAGCCACCUCACUGAGCAGAGCAGCGACGACAGAGACGAAGCCACCACCAUCCUGCUAGCACGCAAGGAGCGUCAGCUACAGCGCAGGACGCGUGGCAAACGCAUCUACCAGGAUGUCGUCGUGUUCGCCGCGGUGCUUCCGUUUGGGUUUGCUUUGCUCGUUUUGGGAGCGAUCGAGCUGCGUCGAGGUGGAUAUUGA